CUCACAGCAACUGACACACACUCGACCGACUCUACAACUCAACUCCAAUCUCAUCCCGAAGCUUAUUCACUUUCAAAUCUCAUCUACCAAUACACACACAAUGGCUCGCGGAAACGACAGCCAGGUUAAGGUGCACUACCAGGGCAAGGACGAGGACUUCAUCAUCUUCGUUGAUGAUGUCGAGGCUGUAAAGAAGUGGAAGGAGGACUCGAGCAUCCCGCUUGCCCAGGUAGUUAGCGGGUUCAAGGUCUUUGUUACGGACAAGCACGGCACCCAGGGCAUUCUCAACACAGCCGCGAACAGCACAUUGGAGAACGAGUUUGGAACACACAACGAGGACGAGGUCAUGAAGCAGAUCCUGCAGAAGGGCAGCAUCUCGCACUCUGAGAACUCCGAGCGCCAGGGUGACACCAACAUGACUAAGGGCGGAACCAUCGCCCACUAGACGGCUCCUUCCACGACUGCGUACGACCUCACAAGUGGGGAGGAUGAUGCCAGGCCUGAAAGAUUGGCAGCGGCAAUUUAACACGGUGUAUAGCCUCUGCUGAGAAUGCGAGGACGCCCGAGCCUUUGAAAAGGAC